AUGGCGGGACGACGGGCGGAAGCGUCGCUUCGCCACGGAGGGCGCCGACGCGGGGACGGUUUCGGGAGGAGGCAGGAGGAGCGUGGCUGGGAUGGUGGAGGACGUGUGGGCGGAGGCAACAGGAAGGAGGGUGCUGGAGGUGGUUACCGCUAUGCUGAUGAGCCUAUGCCGCGUGGGGUGUCGCGGGGCCGGGACGAGUGGAGCUCGCCGCUGUCAUGGUGGCGCGAGCAGCAAAGAUGGGAGGAGGAACAGAGGGACUGCUUCAAGGGGACGGAAGUGGGAGCGGGGCAGGGCUCGAGGGCUGCCGGCGCUGGUCAGGGAGACCGGGGUGGGCAGCGGCAGAUGCAGCAGGCCAGGGGCAAGAAGCCGGUGACGGCAGGCGCGUCGCAACCGAGGGGUGAGGCCAAGUCCACCAUGCAGCGAGCAGGGGCUCCGGCCGGUGGGGAGUGCUUCAAUUGUGGCAGGGGCGGCCACUUCCAAUCCAAGUGUACCUUCGAGCCGCUUUGUGUCCUUUGCAUCAGAGAGGGCCACUCCUCUGCUAGCUGCCCGACCAGGGGAAGGUCGCUCAAGCUGCAGACCAUGGGUCAAGCGACCAACGGGGGUGGUUUCUUCAACAUUUACGUGGAACCGUUCAAGUCUGGUCAGCGAAAGGGAGUGGUUUUCGCUAUUGUCAUCAAGUUCAACAUGGUUCCACUGUCAGAGGUGCAACUGUACGAUGAACUGAAACAUCUCGUGGAUGAGCUAUGGGAUUGGCAAGCCAAGAGGGUGUCGGAGACAGAGUUCUCAGUGGUUUUCCCGACCAGGCAGACGUUAAGGCUCAGCACGGGCAGCGGCAAGUUUUUCCUGCCUUUGUGCAAGAUCGAGACUGAGAUCCGUGAGGUGUUUUGCGCGCCUAAGCCAUACCUCAUGCUUCCUUCGGCGUGGGUGCAACUCACGGGGGUCCCAGAGGAUUUUCUCGAGAAGGAGCGGCUCAUGGCGGCUUUCUCCAUGGUCGGCCGGGCCAUCGACGUGGAUGAGCUCUCUUUGCUAAAAUGGGAGACGGAGUCAGUGAGGGUUCGAUUCCAAUGCCGAUACCCGGAGCGUAUCAAGGGCUCGGUGCAAGUGUUUGUGAACGGGGAGGGGUUCACGAUCGGUGUGCAUGCGGAGCGCGGCCCAUGGGGUGGGUCGGGUUCGAGGUCGGGACCACCCCCUCCACCUCCGCCAAGGCCAGACAGGGACAAUGAGGAGGACUACUCGGACGAUGGUUCAACGGACAACGAAUGGAACAAGCAUGGGAGGAGGAAGAAGCCUGACCAAUAG